GCCAGUUAGUCCGUCGAACCAAGUGCCGAAAAGCGAAACCCCAAACGAAAUGUUCAAGCUAACGAUGCUGAUGGGCCUGGCCCUCAUGCUGGCCCCUUCAGCGAUCCAGGCCAAGUCCCUGUGCCGCAGCAGCGGCUACUUCGCCCUAGUGGAAAACACACCCGACUUCUAUGCCUGCCAGUCCACCGCCUACGGUGGCUACUCCAUGCGCUUCCUGCGCUGCCCCGCUGGUCUGGUCUUCAGCUCCUCGAUGGCCCAGUGCGUCCAGUCCAUUGAUGCUUUCGAGGCUCGUGAUGGCAGCAACAUCGAGAACCCCACCAUUCCGCCGAGCAACCUGGAUGAGAGCACCACCGAGAAACCAGCCACUGAGGCACCUGGCACCACUGAGAAACCAGAAACUGAGGCACCUGAAACCACUGAGAAACCAGUUACGGAGGCUCCUGGAACCACUGAAAAGCCCGCCACCGAUGCUCCCGGCUCCACGCAAAAACCAACCACGGAUGCACCUGGAACCACAGAGAAUCCAGAAACUACUGAUGCUCCCACUACCGACGAGCCGUCGACCGCUGAGACCAGUACCGAUGAGCCCAACACCGAGACCACUGCAAGCGGCGACGAGACGACCACCAGCGACGGCGGGGUAACCACCCCCGAGGACAAUGUGUGCGCCACCACCGGACUGUUCCCGACGGGCAGCUGCACGCAGUUCAUCGUCUGCAGCUACGCCGACGGGGACGAGCUGAAGGCCUACACGAAGAAGUGUCCCGGCGAGAUGCAGUUCGAUCCCUUCAACAGCGUUUGCUCCGCGUAUUACGACUGCACCGCAAGAAACUAAGUUUGGGAUGCCAGAGGGAAUCGAGAAUGGACGACGGUGUGUCCAUUGAGUCGGCUGCAAACGAAGCGGAGUAAUAAAAGCAGUCCAAACCCAAAUUUAA